AUGCCUAAUAAUACUACAGGAAAGAGAAAACAUUCAAGUCAAGCUAGAAAGAUUCAUCGUGAACAAACCUUAAAAGAAAUAAAUGAAUUAGAAGAAAAAUGCCAAAGUUUGAAUGUCGAAGCCAGCUUUCAAAAGUUCAAUGAACUACCAAUUUCACCUCCUACGCUUGAGGGCUUACAGCAAGCAAACUUUAUAGAAAUGACUGAAAUUCAGCAAAAAGCAAUUCCACUUGCAUUAAAAGGAAAAGAUAUAUUAGGAGCAGCUAAAACCGGCAGUGGUAAAACUCUGGCUUUUCUCAUUCCGCUGAUUGAACUACUAUAUAGAAACAAAUGGACCCAAUUAGAUGGAUUGGGUGCGCUUGUUAUAGCACCAACACGAGAAUUAGCAGUUCAGAUAUUUGAAGUAUUACGUAAAAUUGGAAAUAGGCAUUUUUUGUCGGCAGGUCUUAUUAUCGGUGGAAAGGAUGUACAAAUUGAACAAGAACGUAUUAAUAGAAUGAACAUAUUAAUAUGUACACCUGGACGUUUAUUACAGCAUAUGGAUCAGACAGCAUAUUUUGAAUGUUCUAAUUUACAAAUUUUAGUUUUAGAUGAGGCAGAUCGAAUACUUGAUAUGGGAUUUCAGAAAACUAUUAAUGCAAUUAUUGAAAAUUUACCUAAAAAACGUCAAACUUUAUUAUUUUCUGCAACUCAAACAAAUUCUGUUGAUGAUUUGGCGCGAUUAAGCUUACAGAAUCCAAAAUAUGUCGCUGUCCAUGAGAAUUCAGAACAUAGCACACCACAAGAUUUAUAUCAACAUUAUUUAGUAUGUGAUUUAACGGAAAAACUAGACAUUUUAUUUUCAUUUAUCAAAUCACAUUUACAAGUAAAAGCUGUAGUAUUUUUAUCAAGUUGUAAACAGGCUAGAGUUCCAUUACUUCAUCUACACGGAAAACAAAAACAAACUAAACGAGUAGAAAUAUUUAAUAAAUUUUCAGCCAUGAAAACGGCGUAUUUAUUUGCCACUGAUAUCGCGGCUAGAGGAUUAGAUAUUCCAGCUGUUGACUGGGUUAUACAGGUGGACGCGCCAGAAAGUGCAGACACUUAUAUUCAUAGAGUAGGACGUACCGCAAGAUAUGAUGCUUCAGGGCAUGGGUUAUUGUUUUUACUUCCGUCGGAAGAACAAGGAAUGAAAGAAGUUUUGAAAAAGAAAAAAGUUCCAAUUGAACAAAUUCAAGUGAAGUCUAAUAGAAUGACGAGCAUACAGAAACAAUUGCAGUUUUUAUGUUUUAAAGAUUCCGAAAUUAAAUAUCUUGGACAAAAGGCAUUUAUUUCUUAUAUGCGAUCUGUUUACUUACAAAGUGAUAAGUCAAUAUUUAAAGUUGGAGAAUUGCCAGCUGAAAAUUUUGCAGCAUCUCUUGGAUUACCAGGAACUCCAAAAAUCAAAUUUAUCAAGAAAUCACAAGCAAAAAAUGCAAUACGUCAAAAACCCAGGGAAUUUGAAGAAGAUGAGGGUGGAUCGAGUUCAAGUGACGAAGAGAAGGAUGAUGAUAAUAAUAAUCGCAACAUAGAUCAUGAAGAUGAUAAAGUUAUAGGAGGGGAUGAUGAUGAUGAAUUUAUUACUCUUAAACGUACAAAUCAUGAGCUUCCAAAGGAAUUAGAAAAUCCAGAUUAUGAAAAUCUCUCGAAACGUAAGUUGAAGGUAGCCAAAUCCAAGAAAUUAUCAAUCAAGAAUGCGCCAAAAGGUGAAAAACUGGUGUUUGAUGAAGAUGGAAAUCCACAUCGAAUCUAUGAGUUGCGAGAUGAAAAGGAAUUCCACGCAGCGGGACCUUUAAUAGUUCAAAAACAAAAAUUCUUAAGCAAGGAAUUAGAAAUGAUGGCAUUAGAGGAUCAAAUGGACAAGGUGACUGCAAAAGAAAAAAAGAUUGAAAUGAAAUUAAAGAAAAAAGCUAAAUUAUCAGUUGAUGAUUAA